AUGCCACCGAAAAAGGAGGAAAAUCCCGAGGAACAGAUGCGCAGAAAGUUUCGCGCUAAAUGUCUAUUUCGCGCGCUCGGGCGACUCGUUCUCGCGAACCGGUACUGGCUCAUAGAGGGCGUUGACGAGUACAAGGGAGUGGACGACGUAAAGCGGCGAGUGACGCAAGUCAUCAGGACAAAGCAACUGAAGAAGCGGUUACUAGAUAUACAGGACAAAGCCUUGCUGAAUAAGCCUGCGGCAGAUCGUACGUACCAGGAGCAGCAAUAUCUCUACCGGAAAUUAGGUGAUUUGAAGUGCUUCAAACGAUAUCCCAAGAAUGUGAGAAGAAAGCUGGCAGCGGCGACAUACUUCAAAUACUACGGUCCGAACCGCGUGAUCGUGCGGCAGUACCACGAGGCCCACGCCAUGUACUUCAUAGUGAACGGAGACGUGACCGUGAGCCAGCUUUUCUACGACGACCUGCUGCAGCAGCACGUAUCCGUGGACGUGGACACCAUGACCACCGGGGACAUGUUCGGAGAUGUCUCGCUGCUGCACAACACGCCGAGAACGGCUACUGUCACUACUAACGGUCACUGCGAGUUGUUGGCAUUGAUGAGGGAAGACUUCAAGUACACGCUGCAGGCGCUGGUGCAGAAGCAAUGGGACGAGGUGCGGCGCGCCAUGUCCGCCUUCACUUACUUCGACGGGCUCGACGAGAUGACCAGACGCGAAGGUUGUAUAGCAGCCAAAAUGAAGUCGUAUGCGCCGAACGAGACGCUGCUCGGCGACGGCGAGGGUGUGGCCAACUUCGUGUACUUCGUACUUUCAGGGCGCUGCCAGAUGAUAGAGUCUUUGCAAGUUACCGUCACUACGCACCUCGGCCGCAACCAUUAUACGUUGUACGAUCCCUAUGUGCCGAAACAGGAACAAGAACUUUCCUUAGAAAAGAAAUGGUUUGGAAAUAAAGACCCCAGCGUAACGACAUCCGUCAUUGAUGAAGGUCCAUCGCAGCAAGGAGCGUCUAAGAUCCACGGGGUUCUGAAACAUACAACAACGCAGAGACGUGACACUCGAGAGAGUGACAUCAAACUAGGAUGGAGCCAAACCGUCACAGAAGGGCCUGGUGAUGAAGACCCGGCCAUCUCGAACAUGGUAUUGAAGCCGCCUAGCGAAAUUUUGCCCCGAGGUUCUCUGAGGUUAAGUGAUCCGAUCCCAGUUUCCGAAAUGCCACAAAAGCCAAAAGCUGCUCCAGUUAAUUUGCGAACGUAUUUCAUGCAGGUGGUCAUCUUCAACCCUGGGUCCACGUUCGGUUUCGGCGAGAACAUGCGCGACCGGCGCAUCGUCGCGCUCACGCCCGUCGACUGCAUGCUGCUGCCCAAGGUCUGGCUGCUGCAGCGGAAUACUGCCAACAUCUGGACACGGAUACAGCACUACCUCGAGAAGAAGAUACCGACAAAGAAGCACCUAUUCAAAGAGUUGGUGUCGGCGCGCCGCUGGCUCGAGUUCCGCGACCAAGUGGUGUCGGACGUGGUGGCGCGCUCCAAGGCUGUCAACUUCACUACUGUGCACGACGUGCCUUACUCGAUACGCAUGGAGGAGAUGCUAGAUAUUUAG